AAAGACGACCAAGUGCCUGACGCGUGAGCUGCAGGUAAUUGGGACAUCUCUUCCAGUUAAUGAGAGUCAUGGAAUGGAUAGACCCACCCCCACCCACAUUAACGCAGCCAUCAAUUCAAUUCCAAAGGUAAUUUCUCUCUUGUUAGAGAGAGAGAGAGAGAGAGAAACGAUGGAAGAAAAAGAAAGAAAGAAAGAAAGAAGGAAAGAAAAAUUUUACGCACCGGCUAUGGUUAUCCCAUUCACAUGCUCCCUCCAUUUUCCCAUUACCCGAGCACUAUAAAUUGAGAACUCAUUGCCUCUACUUCCACUCUUCUCACUCUCUCUCUCUCUCUCUCUCUGCUUUCCCCGCCAAAUCAACCCCCCCCCCCCUCUCCCUCUAUCCCUCUCUGCAGAUUUUCUUUUCUACAUAAAGCCUUUGGCGCUGUGUCUGGUUCUCACUUCUUUACACACCCUUUAAAUCUCUCCUCUUUGUCUCUGCUUUUUCUCCUCUUUUGACUCGGUCCUCUGUUUCACGAGGUUUGGAUCGACCCGUUAAUUACUUCCCUUUCAUGAUUUAGCCUCCGAGAAUUCGUGGGCUUAUUCCGUCCGAUCUUCACUGAGCAUCUAUAUCAUGGUGAAGAGCGGUCUCACCUUCACCUCCAAGACGGCUUAUUCUCUUCCGCUGACCAAAUUCACAGAGCAUGUGGUCAGAACCAGUAAGGCCAGCAACUCGUCCACGGCUCUCCGGCGAAAACUCGUCAGAAUCAUACUUACUGACGGCGACGCCACCGACUCCAGCGACGACGAAGAACAGGUCGUCAGGAGAGUGAAGAGAUACGUUAAAGAAAUCGACUUCCGGCAGUCGGAGCAGAGGCCCGUACAGACUAAGAAGCGAAGCGUCGCGACCUUGAGGUCCCGGGAAUCCGACCUUACCGGCCGGAAAAAGUUCCGCGGCGUGAGACAGCGGCCGUGGGGAAGGUGGGCGGCGGAGAUCCGGGACCCGACCAGGAGGAAGCGGGUCUGGCUAGGCACCUACGACACGCCCGAGGAAGCUGCCACGGUGUACGACAGAGCCGCCGUUAUGCUGAAGGGCGCCAACGCCGUUACGAACUUCCCGACGGUGUCUGAAACGGAGACGGCGGCGGUCGUGGGCGUUAAGGAGUACAGCGAAGCGAAAGCGCUGCCAGGCGCAGCAGCCUCGUCGCCCACGUCGGUCCUCCGUUGCGAGGACUUAACGCCCUUCGACAAGUUCAGCUCCAUAGACGAGGACGUCUUCGGGUUUGGCUUCGACGUGCCGAUCAGCCUGCCGGCUUUUCUGACACCAGAAAAUUUAUACGAGGAAGACGACCUCGGCGACUUUGACCCCGACGAUUUCCUGGUUAAGUCAGAUAACGCAUCCGAUAUUUCUUGUGACCCGACGGGUGGGGCCGUUUGGCAAACCGUCUCAUCGUGAUUUCAAGGCCCAAAUGUUCGGAACCCGACCCGAUCCGAUCCGAUAGAUAAGAAAACUAGCUAGCCAGUUAAAUCGUGGAGUUUUGUCAAGUGGCCGAGUGGACUCGGCGAUUUUGUCUCAUGAAGAGAUAUUUUUGUAGGUUUGUAUAAUUUAUAUAUAUAUAUAUAGAUAGAUAAUGAAUUUAUUGAUAAUUAUUAUA